AUGUCUUACAGUAAUGGUGAAACUGGUGGGCACCCAAUGUACAACCUUUGCAGUACAAUUCAGCGUUCUGGCUCCAAAGUGGGGAAUUCGAAUGGACACAGGAAGUCUGCAGCCUUGCUAGAAGUGAGAACAAGCUUAAACAAUAUGCAAUAUUCUUCAGUGGCACUUAAUCCUGAUUCUUUGGUGACAAAUGGAUCAAAAAUCCUUCCAAGCUCAGAAGACGAAAACUCACAGGAUCCUGCUUUCCAGAUAAAUAAUGAAUCUAUGACAGGGAAUGAGGUUCGCCGGGCCUACACUGCUAAAUGCUUUUACGGCCCAUACUUAACCAAAACUAGUAUGCAGGGAGAUGUGUACAACUUUCUGGAGCGGCCCAGUGGAUGGAAGUGUUUCAUUUAUCACUUUACAGUAUUUCUAUUGGUACUGGUUUGUUUAAUUUUCAGUGUUCUGUCUACAAUAGAACAUUAUGCAGAAUUUGCCACUGGGACUCUGUUUUGGAUGGAAAUUGUCUUGGUGGUGUUUUUUGGUGCAGAAUAUGUGGUGAGGCUCUGGUCUGCUGGUUGCAGGAGCAAAUACGUUGGUAUUAAGGGAAGAAUACGUUUUGCUAGGAAGCCUAUAUCGAUAAUAGAUCUCAUUGUCGUGAUUGCUUCAAUUAUUGUUCUGAGUGUAGGAUCAAACGGACAAGUAUUUGCUACAUCUGCAAUAAGGGGAAUCCGGUUUCUGCAAAUACUUCGCAUGCUUCAUGUAGACCGACAGGGUGGCACCUGGAGGCUCUUGGGAUCCGUUGUUUUCAUACAUCGUCAGGAACUAAUAACCACACUGUACAUUGGAUUCUUGGGACUGAUCUUCUCAUCGUAUUUUGUCUACCUCGCUGAGAAAGAUGCGGUAGAUGAGGAGGGACAAACAGGGUUCUCCAGCUAUGCUGACGCUCUCUGGUGGGGCGUGGUGACAGUCACAACCAUUGGCUAUGGUGACAAGGUGCCACAGACAUGGAUAGGCAAGACGAUAGCAUCCUGUUUCUCUGUGUUUGCCAUCUCUUUUUUUGCUCUUCCAGCGGGGAUACUUGGUUCUGGCUUCGCACUUAAAGUACAACAGAAGCAACGUCAAAAACAUUUCAACAGGCAAAUACCUGCAGCAGCAUCUCUAAUUCAGACUUUGUGGAGGUGUUAUGCAGCAGAGAAAUCAUGCAACUCCACAGCAACAUGGAAGAUCUACGUGAUACCAGCUCAAAAUACGAAGAAAACAGCUACACCAUCUAGCCCUAAUCUCAGAAAACAGAGUAGAAGAUACAAGAGGAAAGGAAAACCUGGGCGUGAUAAUGGUUCCACAUCUAUAAUAAAUCCAGGGGAAACUGUUUUGUCCAUUCCACAAAUUACUUAUGACCACAUUGGAGUGCAAGAAGACAAAAAAGAGCUGAGUUUCUACCUUGAUGAACCAGGAGGUCUUACAAGGAUGUUCAAGCAAACAGGCCGACAGCUUUCCUGGUCAUCUUUAUCUAUCUGUGCUGCAACCUGUCCUGCUUCACAAGUAAAAAAGCGCUUGGAAGGGAACAGCAGUGAAAUGUCAAGGGCCAACAGUUUCACUGAAGAUAUGGACCUCAUAUCAGAAGAGGCAACUCUGCCUGCUGUGUCUCAUGUGUCUCAGCUAACUGAAGCCCAUCGAACAGCUGUCAAAGUCAUAAGGAGAAUGCAGUAUUUUGUAGCCCGGAGGAAAUUCCAGCAAGCUCGGAAGCCUUAUGACGUGCGUGAUGUAAUAGAACAAUACUCUCAAGGGCAUCUCAAUAUGAUGGUUCGGAUAAAAGAACUCCAAAGAAGGUUGGAUCAUUCCCUGGGAAAGCCUGGCCUCUUCCUUCCAGAAAAGGGGGUGGACAAAGGAUAUUAUACUAUAGGAGCCAGACUGAUACGGCUGGAGGAUAAGGUCACACAGAUCGACCAAAAGCUUAAUGGCAUCCUGAGUGCUCUACAGACUCAACAUGGGAAGCAGUCACCAGAGUGGACCUCACCCUCAUGCACCCCUAGAGCGAGGCGGUUACGAUCUUCAUCAGAUUCUCCCCCCAUGAGUCGGAAGAUGUGA